UAUUGUACUUAAUGUUUACAAAAACAGACAUCACGUGUUUGAUAGGUUAUAUUAUUUAAUUAAUAACUUUGGUGGUAAAUAAAUAAAAACAAAUAAAAAUGGAUACUGAUCAAUUACAAGAUCAAGGCGGACUGAGAGUUGACGGUAGAAGACCAUUGGAAUUACGUCAAAUAAAAGUAAGACUAGGUGUCUUUGGUCAAGCUGAUGGAAGCGCUUACUUAGAACAAGGGAAAACCAAAGUACUGGCUGCUGUCUAUGGACCGCAUCAGCCAAGAGGUGCAUUGGCACGUAGUACAGCAAACAAGUCAACGAAAGGUUUGAUAAAUUGUCAGUACAGUAUGGCAGUAUUUUGUCUAAGUUCUGGCGAACGUAAAAAACGUCCGCGAGGUGACAGGAAAACCCAGGAACGUUCGAUAGAUCUUCGUCAUGCCAUGGAGUCGAUAAUAAAUCUCGAGCAGUUUUCGCGCUCGCAAAUUGAAAUAUUUGUCGAAGUGCUGCAGGCUGAUGGCAGCGAUUUUUGUUGCGCUGUAAAUGCAUCAACUUUGGCGCUGAUUGACGCCGGGAUACCGAUAAAAGAUUACGCUAUUGGGUGCACGGUUACGCUACCGGACUCGAACAGUAGCUACGAGGACGCAGAUACUCAGGGCAUUGGGGUGUUGGACGCUAAUAAUUUAGAAGAAAAUGGCCCCGGGGUUACUUUGUCCAUCGUCGCGUUGCCAGAGACCACGUGCGAGUUGACCAAGGAACCGGGUUUGAUAAUCGCCGCUCAAGGAUCCGGUCGGCUGCACUUGUCGAGACUGGAGGCUAUGAAAGUACGCGCGCUCAUUGGCUGCAAAAAUAUCAAAAGUAUUUUAGAUCAAGCUGUCAGGCAGCAUCUUACCGUUAAUUCAUUACCUUCUUUGUACAAUACCCCAACGGUUGAAUGA